CAGCGGAGCAAGGACGUGGACCCGCAGGAGCAGGCCCGCACAGCCGCGCUGGCGAUGGUGGGGGUGACAGGCGACCUGCGAGUGACGCUGGGGCUGCAGGCGGUGGGCGCCCUAGCCCACCUGGCUGGUGAGCGGGCGUGCGGCGGGGCGGGUGCGCUGCUGCAGCUGCCGGGGCUGCUGGACAUGGCGCUCCGACUGCUGCUGUGCCCCCCGGAGGACGUAGCGGGUGCCGCCGCCAUGCUGCUCAGCUCCCUCACCAGCUGCGGGGGCUGGCAGGCGGCUGCAGCGGUGUGCAGCUGGCGCGGAGGGGAGCUGCUGGACGCGCUAGCAGCCGCGCUGGCACCUGACAGGGGGCUGCCGCUGCGGGCCUACUGCGCGGUGGUGGUGGGGAAUGUAGCAAACGGGCCGCAGGAGACGCCGGCGGCGGCGGCGGCAGCAGCAGCGGCGGCGGGGGAGUUGUCGUACGACGCUGGCGGCGCCGCCACGUCGGCGGCCGCUGUGGAGCGGUUGCUGCGCUGCGGCGCGUUGCGGCAGCUGGUUGGCUUGCUUGGGGAGUGUGGGCGGCAGCUGCGGGCGCAGCAUGGGAGGCUGAGGCGGAGGCAGCAGGAGCAGCAGCAGGAGCAGGGGAGGGAGCAGGGGAGGGAGGUGCAGCUGCAGCUGCGGGCGGCGCGGCGGGGUGGACCGCCCAAGGAGCCCACGGAGGCCUGGGCCCCGGGGGUGGCGGCUGGUGCUGUUGCUGGUGCUGAGAAGCCGGGGGGUGAGAGGGAGGCGAUACCCGGGGCUGCUGCUCCGGUCGGCGCUGGCACGGGUGAUGUGAGGGGCGGCGAAGGCAGCAGCCAGGCAACAGGAGCCGCAGCAGCGCCGCCAGCAGCAGCAGCGGUGACGGAGGAGGGUGGCAGCGGGCAUCAGGUGGCUGCGGCGGCAGGUGCGGGCCCGGCAGCAGCAGCAGCCCUAGCCGCCGCUGGUCCCGCGCCCCCGCUGCCGCUGCUGCUCAGCAGCCUGGUGGUGCCGCUUGCCACCCCGCAGGUGGCGCCGCUGGGCAGCUCGGCGGCGGCGGCAGCAGCAGCAGUGGGCCCCGCCAGCAUGCUGUCGGCACGGGGAGCCACCUCCCGCCACCAAAUACUGGCAAAGCAGCAGCAGCAACAGCAACAACCGCAGCAGGUAUCAGGGCCAGAGGCGGGUCAGGGUCAGGACCCGCAAGCACCUGCAGCUGCCGGGGUCACCCGAGCGGUGGGGGGUGGCGGAGUGCCCUCCCGGUCGGCAACACGAUUCGGUUUGGAGGCUGCGGGUAGUAAGGAGGCUGGCGGCGCCGGCGGCGGUGGUGGUGGUGGUGCGGGUUCUGACGCUGACUCCUGGUUGACGCUGGCGCCGCUGCUGUCGGCUGCAGCUGCCGCGGCGGGCGCCAUUCAGAACUUGAGUGCAGGUCACGCGGUGGCUUGUGAGGCGCUGCUGCAGCUUCCGGAACAUGCGGCAGCAGGGGCGACAACAGGCGGCGGAGGCGGCAGCGGUGGCUGGGACGCGGGAGCAGCGGCAGGGGCAGGGGCGGCGCAGACGGUACAGAGCUUGGCGGAGUGGUUGGGCGAUGCUGCCGCCGCUGACGGCGAGGCCGACGCUGUGGACGGCCCUGGAGGCGGAGGCGGUGAUAGCUUCCUGGCAACCUCGCUACUGCUACUGCGGCUGUGCCUCCUGCUACUGGGCGGCAGUAGCAGGCUGCAGCUGCCGGACGUGUUGCCGGAUGCGUCAGAGGAGGGAGCCGAGGGAGGGGAGCGGCAGCCCCGCCGGGACAGCACCGGCCGGGGCAGCAGCAGCCGCGGCGCCAGUCCGCUGCUGCUGCUGCUGCGGCUGGCGGUGCUGCUGCUGGGCUCGCUGGCCAACCUGUCGGCGGUGCCGUACGGCAAGCAGGUGCUGCUGCGGCUGCUGGCGGCGGAAGCGCCCGCCGCCGCCACUGCCGCCGCCACCGGCGGAGUCUCCAGUAGCCCCCCUGGAGCUGAGGAGUGUCUUGACGGAGCCAAACCCAAGCAUGAUCCCUCUGUGGCCUCGUCCUCCUCCGCCGUCACCGCCGCUGCUGCCAGCAGGGGUUCUUGCGGGUUGGCGGGGUGCCUUGUUGGGCUCAUGACGCUGCCCGCACCCGCACCGGAGGAAAUCCUGCGCACCCCCGGUGCAGGCGGAGGCGGAGGCGCCGCCGCCAGCCCCACCGCCGCUGUGCUCAUGAGGCACCGCAGCAGCGACAUGCGCCGCCUGGCGGGGCAGGUGCCGGGUGUGGUGGCGGGCGCGGAGGCGGGCGGUGGCGGCGGCGGCAGCGGUGCGGGUACCGGCGGCGGUGCCGCGGGUGAGGUGGCGGAGGCGGAGGCACAUGAGGCGGUUCGUGCGGGUGCGUUGGGGCUGUGCUGUAACCUGCUGCUCGAGGAGCCGGAGGAGGAGGAGGAAGAGGAGGAGGAGGAGGAGGAGGGCGCGGUAGGGGAGCAGGCGGGGGGUGCUGCGGAAGGGGAGGUGUCCUUCUGGGAUGAUGACGCCCGGUCACCGGAGCAGCAGGAGCAGCGGCAGUCCAGCGGCGGCGACCCGGGCUCACGACGCAGGCGGGGUGCGGGUGCGGAUGCGGGUGGGAGCGGGUUGGAUGCGGGUACCGCAGCGCUGCAUGCUGAGAGUCCGGUGGUGGCGGGGCCGGAGGAGCUGCAGUACGGUUCCGUGGUGUUCCGGAGCGGUGCCGCUGCGGGCGGGGGGCUGGGGAGCCUGGAGGGAGGCAGCAGCAGCAGAAGCAGCACCGGGGGCGGGAGCAUGGGUGACGGCGGGGGUGGGGCUCUGGUGUGGCCGCCUGCUGCUGCUGCUGCUGAGGUUGGGUCUGGCAGCGGGGUUGGGACCGGAGCGAUGGUGGUGGGGCCGGUUCAGACCGACGCCAUGUCGCUGAUUGCGUUACCUGAGGAGGCGCGCGCGGUGGUGGGCGAGGAGGAGGACGCUGGUGCCCCCGGGAGCCCCAGGGAGGAGCCGGGGCUUGCGGGGGGUGCCACCUCUCCGGUGACCGCAGCAGCCGGUGUUGGAGGUGGUGGUGUUGGGAGUGGUGCGAGGGCGCGCAGGCGGCCGGUGUCGGGUCGUGCGGUGCUGCUGGCGGCGUUACGGGGCAAUGCGGCCGUGCUGGCGUUUCUGGAGGAGCUGGCGGCGGCGGCGAGGGGGCGCGAGCAGCGCCUGAUCAGGCACAUGGCGUCGUGGCUGCUGCAUGUAUGCGCUGCGAAGCCGACGUCUCCGGAGCCAAAUGCGGGGGCCUGCGUUUGAGGGGGGUGCUGCGGGUGUGGGGGCGGCGCUGGAGGAGCGGUGCUGAUUUGGACGGCCGUAUAGAGGGCGUGAUACGAUGUGAUUCCGGUGUGUUUCGAAUGGAGUGUUAGCUGUUGCAUGCGCCGGUCGCCAACGUUGCAACGUUUUGGAUGGUGCUCGUAACGCAGCCUAGGACAUAACACUGAUUGUUAAGUUGGGGCUGGCUUGCUGCUUCCCAAUGCUGGGCUUGUCAUGCCGACUGCUUGGGAUGUGUGUUGUGCAAGGUGAGAUGCAAAGCAUUAAAGGAGAUAGAUCUAGAGCAGAUAGUUCUUCCGCAUUGCGCUGGAAGCUGGAUAGCGUAUACCGUAGUAUGUGUUUAGGGUUAGCAGGGUUAGCAGCAGAGGGAAGUAAAGUAGCCCCGCUUUCGUGAUCGCUUGAUGGCGUGCAUGUAGAACGUACGUAGCGAUCCCUGUCGUGUGUUGGAUAUGGAGGGAGGGUGGUGGCGCACAUGUGAGUACCGGGUAGGGAAACGUACGAGUGCUUCUAGGUGUACCGGUUGUACGGGUGUAUGCCGGUUCGCAUGUUGUGCAUACAGUGCCAAAGGAGACAGGGACUCGACAGGGACUCCGCAGACGGCUGCGACGCUUCGCGCUAGGCUUCCGGGGCGUCGGUUAACAUGCUGUCCAUGCAAGAGUUGGUCCUCAGCCCAGAUCCCGUGAGGUCUUGCUGUUGCCCAGGAGCGCUCAACAGUGUUAACGUUUGCCUCGUACUAUGUGUUGUGGCGGUGCACAACCC